AUGGUCGCCGGUGUGACGGCGUUUCCGUCUUCGAAUCAUGUCGAGAUAGUACACGGACAACAAUUCGCAGUCACUCAUCGCUACGUUGAUUUGCAGUAUAUUGGGGAGGGAGCCUAUGGAAUGGUCGCCUCCGCCCUCGACACGAUCACACGUGACCGCGUCGCUAUCAAAAAGAUCUCACCAUUCGAACACCACACAUUCUGUCAGCGGACACUUCGAGAAAUCAAGAUUUUGAGUCGAUUCAGGCAUGAAAAUAUUAUCAAUAUACGAGAGAUUAUUCGAUCGGAGACUGUCGACUCGUUGAAAGACAUAUACAUAGUGCAAAGCCUAAUGGAAACGGAUCUCUACAAACUGCUGAAAUCUCAAGAGCUCUCGAAUGACCACGUCUGCUAUUUCCUCUAUCAAAUACUCCGUGGUCUCAAAUACAUUCACUCUGCAAACGUGCUCCAUCGCGAUUUGAAACCAUCGAAUUUGUUGCUCAACACGACGUGCGAUCUGAAAAUCUGUGAUUUCGGUUUGGCGCGAGUCACAAAUCCACGUGCAGAUCUUACUGGAUUUCUGACAGAAUACGUGGCAACAAGAUGGUAUCGUGCACCGGAGAUCAUGCUCAACUCGAAAGGAUACACAAAAUCAAUCGAUAUCUGGUCGGUUGGAUGUAUUCUGGCGGAGAUGAUCAGUAAUCGUCCGUUGUUCCCCGGAAAACACUAUUUGGAUCAACUCAAUCUGAUAUUGGCUACAAUUGGAUCACCGACUAGUGACGAUUUGAAAUGUAUUAUUAAUGAUAAGGCGAGGUCGUAUCUGAUUUCACUUCCGCCGAAAAGAAAGUUGCCAUGGGAACGUUUGUAUCCGGGAGCCGAUCCGAGAGCACUCGAUUUGUUGGAUAAAAUGCUCACUUUUGAUCCAAACAAGCGCAUCAGCAUCGAAGACGCCUUGGCACAUCCAUAUCUCCAACAAUACUACGAUCCAAGUGACGAACCAAUUUGCGAACACCCGUUCACUGUCGAAAUGGAAUUCGAUGAGCUGCCGAAAGAGCAGUUGAAACAGUUGAUUUGGGAAGAAGCGGAAGCUCAUCACAGACGGUCGCAAGCGGAAUUGGCGGCGAGAUUCGGAAGAUCACCGUCCGUUUAG